AAAAAAUUAUUGGCAAUAAUGAAGGUUUCUGCCUUUGAGUAGUGUUUGUGUUACUCAAGAGCCGCUUGACAUUUUCCCAGUGACGUCCCAGCUGCGAUGGCAGCCAUAAGGCACAGCCAGGGGGGCCCAGCUUGUGUUUGAGGGUGCGGCAGGGCGAGCAGCCAGGAGAGAGUGGGAGCAGGAGGUGGGGUCUCUGCUCCAGCCUGACCCAGUGCGUUGGUCGUCUUUACAACAAGCAAAACGUUUGGUUCCCUUGAUUUGCUCCGGAUUCCCUUCAAGGUCCUGCGGAGCGGCGUCGGUGGCCUCCUUCUGAUGGGAGGAUGGUUGUUCUCAGGCAGUUUGGGCUGCUGCUCUGGAAGAACUACAUCCUGCAGAAGCGACAGAUCCUGGUCACGGUCAUCGAAAUCUGCCUGCCACUGCUUUUUGCUGCCAUCCUGAUAGCACUACGGCAUCGGGUGCACUCUGUCAACCACCCCAACGCCACGCUCUACCCCUCCGAGUCUGUAGAUGACCUGCCGGGCUUCUUCUACCGCCGGCAUCCCAGCAACCCUUGGGAGCUGGCGUACAUCCCCUCCAACAGCAGCGCCGUCAGGAGCAUCGCCGAAGCGGUGGAGAGCUCUUUGCCCAUCAGCGUCAGAGCUCAGGGCUUUGCCUCAGAGAGGGACUUUGAGGAGUACAUCAAGUCAGACAACCGCUCGGGCAGCGUGCUAGCUGCUGUGGUGUUCAAGCACCGCUUCCCUCAGAGCACAGCCCCGCUACCGCUCCAGGUUGACUACGAGCUGCGCUUCAAGUACAGCCCGCGUAACGCACCACGGAGUGAGCAGACGGGGCUGAAUCCCAACCUGGACCGGGACUGGCACACCAGCUACCUCUUCCCACUCUUCCAGCUGCCCGGGCCCCGGGAGGCCAAGUUUGCCGAUGGCGGGACACCAGGCUAUCUCCGGGAAGGCUUCCUGGCAGUGCAGCAUGCAGUGGACAGAGCCAUCAUACAGUACCACACCAAUGCCAGCUCGGCCAGCCUGCUGGAGAACAUCACAGUGGUGGUGCAGCGCUUCCCCUACCCAGCAUACGUCAAUGACCUCUUCCUCCUCGCCAUCCAGAACCAGCUGCCCCUGCUGCUUAUGCUCAGCUUCACCUACACCUCACUCAACAUUGUGCGUGCUGUUGUGCAUGAGAAGGAGAAGAAGCUGAAGGAGUACAUGCACAUGAUGGGCCUCAGUAACUGGUUGCACUGGAGUGCCUGGUUCCUCAUGUUCUUCCUCUUCCUCCUGGUGUCCGUGUUUUUCGUCACCGUGCUGUUCUGUGUCAAGGUGAGCGAGCAGGGAGCAGUGCUUACCAACAGUGACCCCACGCUGGUGUUCACCUUCCUCGCCAUCUUCUCCAUCUCCUCUAUCUCCUUCAACUUCAUGGUGAGCACCUUCUUCUCGAGAGCAAAUGUUGCGGCGGCCGCUGGCGGCUUCCUCUACUUCUUCUCCUACAUCCCUUACUUUUUCAUCUCACCCCGCUACGACCUGAUGUCCCACAGCCAGAAGUUGGCUUCCUGCCUCAUCUCUAAUGUGGCCAUGGCCAUGGGGGCACAGCUGAUCGGGAUGUUCGAAGGGAAAGGGACCGGCAUUCAGUGGAGGGACCUCAUGAAGCCCGUCAGCGUGGAUGACAACUUUACCUUAGCCCAGGUGCUGGGGAUGCUGCUCCUAGACUCAGUGCUCUAUGGCGUGGUGGCCUGGUAUGUGGAGGCCGUCUUUCCAGGGGAGUACGGCGUUCCUCAGCCCUGGUACUUCUUCUUGACGCCCUCGUACUGGUGUGGGCGCCCCAGGACUGUGGUGGGCAAAGAAAAGGAGGAGGAGGAGGACCCAGAGAAAGCGCUGAAAAGCCAGUAUAUUGAGGAGGAACCCGCUGACCUCGUGUCGGGAAUCAAAAUAAAGCACCUUUCCAAGGUCUUCAAAGUGGGAAACAAGACGAAAGAGGCAGUCAAGGACUUAACAGUGAACAUGUACGAAGGGCAAAUCACUGUCUUGCUGGGACACAACGGUGCUGGGAAGACCACCACUCUGUCCAUGCUCACAGGUCUGCACUCUCCAACGGGCGGGCAGGCGUACAUCAAUGGCUACGAGAUCUCCCAGGACAUGGUUCUGAUCCGCCGCAGCCUGGGUCUGUGUCCCCAGCAUGAUGUCCUCUUCGACAACAUGACAGUGGAGGAGCACCUCCAAUUCUACUCAGGGCUGAAGGGGUACCCACCUUCCAAGUGCCCUGAGGAGAUCAACCACAUCCUGAGGAUCCUCAACUUGGAGGACAAGCGCCACGUUCUGACGAAGGCGCUCUCCGGUGGCAUGAAGCGCAAGCUCUCCAUUGGCAUCGCUCUCAUUGGGGACUCCAAGGUGGUGAUGCUGGAUGAGCCAACGUCAGGGAUGGACCCAGCCUCUCGCAGGGCCACGUGGGACCUCCUGCAGCAGCAAAGGAGCAACCGCACCAUCCUGCUGACCACCCACUUCAUGGAUGAAGCUGACCUCCUGGGGGACCGCAUUGCUAUCAUGGCCAAGGGCGAGCUGCAGUGCUGCGGUUCCUCACUCUUUCUCAAGCGGAAAUAUGGGGCAGGGUACCACAUGGUGAUGGUGAAGGAGCCCUACUGUAACCUGGGGGAGAUCUCCCGCCUCAUCUGCCAGUACGUGCCCAACGCCACCAUGGAGAGCAAUGCUGGGGCAGAGCUGUCCUUCAUCCUGCCCAAGGAAAGUACGCACAGGUUUGAGGCGCUGUUCAUGGAGCUGGAGCAGAAGCGGGAGGAGCUGGGCAUCGCCAGCUACGGUGCCUCAGUUACUACCAUGGAGGAAGUCUUCCUGAGAGUCGGGAAGCUGGUGGACUCCAGCAUGGAUAUCCAAGCCAUCCAGCUGCCUGCGCUCCAGUAUCAGCACGAGAGACGCUCUAACGACUGGGCCAUGGAUGACUCCAGCAGCCUGAGCGGCAUGACAGACAUGACAGAUGACAGCGGGGCGCUUAUUACGGAGGACUGCUCAAGCAUCAAGCUCAACACUGGGUUCUACCUGUGCUGCCAGCAGUUCUACGCCAUGUUCAUGAAGCGAGCCAUGUACAGCUGGCGCAACUGGAAGAUGGUGGCAGCGCAGUUCCUCGUGCCUCUCAUCUUCACUGCCUUUGCCCUCAUCGUGGCCAAGACCUUCCCGGGACCCAGGGACUCCUCCCAGCUGAGGCUGACGCUGGAGCCCUAUGGCCAGACCAUCGUGCCUUUCUCCGUCUCAGCUGCCUCGGGGCUGCCGCAGAGGCUGGCGGAGCAGUAUGUGGAGCUGCUGGACGCCCAGCAGCAGUCAGCGCUGGAGGUGUUGGGUGGCCUGGAGGAGUAUCUCAUCUCAAGAGCCUCUGAGGAAGGGGGAGCCUUCAACGAGCACUACAUCACAGCUGCCUCCUUCGAAGGAGCUGGGAACCGCACAGUGGUCACUGCGCUCUUCAACAACCAGGCCUAUCACUCCCCCGCUACAGCGCUUAUGCUGGCCGACAACGCUGUCUUCAGGGCACUGGCAGGCCCAAACGCCUCCAUCACAGUAACCAACUACCCUCAGCCUCGCAACAUCACUGAGAAGGCCAAAGACCAGCUCAUGGAAGGCCAGACUGGGUUUGCCAUUGCCAUCAACCUGCUGUAUGGCAUGGCGUCACUCGCGAGCACCUUCGCUCUGCUGCUGGUCAGCGAGCGGGCCAUCAAAGCCAAACACGUCCAGUUCGUCAGUGGUGUCUACGUGGUCAACUUCUGGCUUUCUGCCCUGCUCUGGGACAUCAUCAACUUCCUCAUCCCUUGUGCUCUGAUGCUGGUGAUAUUCCAAGCCUUUGAUGUGCAAGCCUUCACCCAAGACAGCCACCUCGUUGAUGUGAUGUUGAUCUUCCUCCUUUAUGGCUGGGCCAUCAUCCCCCUCAUGUACCUCCUCAGCUUCUUCUUCUCGGUGGCAGCCACAGCCUACACCCGUCUCACCAUCUUCAACAUCCUCUCAGGCACGGCCACCUUCCUGGCGGUCACCAUCAUGAGCAUCCCAGAGCUGGGCUUGGUGGACCUCUCCAAAACCCUCGAUAAAGUCUUCCUCAUCUUACCUAAUUACUGCUUGGGCCAAUGCAUCAGUGACUUCUACCAGAACUAUGAGUUCAUUCAGUUUUGUACCUCCUCCGUUGAAGCUGUCUUCAUCUGCAAGGCCUUCAAUAUCAGUUACCAGAUGAACUACUUUUCCUGGGAGAUGCCUGGCAUUGGACGAUACCUGACCUCCUUGGCCAUCCAGGGCUUCUCUUUCCUCUUCCUCCUUUUUCUCAUUGAGACAAACCUCCUCUGGAGACUGAGAACUUUGGUCUGUGGCAUCUGCAGGCGGCGGAAAUGGGUGGCACUGCUGAACAGGGUGUCUGUGCUGCCAGAGGACCGGGACGUGGCAGAUGAGAGGAAAAAGGUUUUGGAGUCGCCACCAGAGCUGCUGUCGUCUCUCAGCAGCCCUCUGGUCAUCAAGGAGCUCACCAAGGUCUACGACAGCCGGGAGUCCCUGCUGGCGGUGGAUAGGAUCUCCUUGGCAGUCAGCAAAGGGGAAUGUUUUGGCCUUCUCGGCUUCAAUGGAGCAGGCAAAACCACCACCUUCAAGAUGCUGACCGGUGAUGAAAGCAUCACGUCAGGGGACGCCUUUGUGGAUGGUCACAGCAUUCUGGCCAACAUCAAGAAGGUCCAGCAGCGGAUCGGCUACUGCCCACAGUUUGAUGCCCUCCUGGACCACAUGACAGGCCGUGAGACGCUGAGUAUGUACGCCCGGCUGCGCGGCAUCCCUGAGCGCUACAUCGGCAGCUGUGUGGAGAACAUGCUGAGAGGGCUGCUUCUGGAGCCCCAUGCUGACAAGCUCGUGAGGACCUACAGUGGUGGUAACAAGCGGAAGCUGAGCGCUGGCAUUGCCCUUAUCGGUGGUCCCCCUGUCAUCUUCCUGGAUGAGCCCUCAACCGGCAUGGACCCUGUAGCCCGGCGUUUGCUCUGGGAUGCAGUGACACGGACGCGGGAGUGUGGCAAAUCCAUCAUCUUCACCUCCCACAGCAUGGAGGAGUGCGAGGCGCUGUGCACGCGGCUGGCCAUCAUGGUGAACGGGCAGUUCAAAUGCCUUGGCAGCCCCCAGCACCUCAAGAGCAAGUUUGGCAGUGGCUACACCUUGCUGGCCAAAACACGGAGUGAGGAGGAGGGUGAGCUGCAGGCCUUCAAGGCCUUUGUGGAGAAGACUUUCCCAGGCAGCAUCCUGAAACACGAGCACCAGGGCAUGGUACAUUAUCACUUGACCAACAAGAACCUCAGCUGGGCACAGGUUUUCGGGGCCUUGGAGAAAGCCAAAGAGAAGUACUGCUUGGAGGACUACUCGGUGAGCCAGAUCUCCCUGGAGCAAGUCUUCAUGAGCUUCACGCGCUUCCAGCACUACACAGAGGACAGAGGGAAGUGAGAGGAGCCGCCACUGGUGCCCUUCGUCACGGACUGGCCCUGCUGCCUAUACAUAGUAUACAUAGACAGUAAUUUAUAUAUCGGCGUGUCUUAAAUAAUGUAUAAAUGUAAGAAGCGUUUCACCGGGGAGGGGGAGAUGGCAGCGUUACCUUCUGCCGUCGGGAACACAAGCGAUGCGAGUGCAUCGCGUCCACUGCAGCACCGGCGUGGGUCUGCGUCUGAACGUGUGCGUGCAUGUGACACUUCCACUCUCCAGCCUUCGUUCCCAUCCGUACCGCAAAAAAAAACAAAACAAAAGCCCGAAUUGCAGGGGGACGUCUGGGUGGGUGUUGGGGAUCGGGCUGGCAGAGGGGGAGUGGGAUGCUGUCCCCAAAUGGCACCCCCCACUCCAUCCCCCUCUUCUCUGCCCCUUGCUUGCACCCAUCAGGACGCUGCUUUGUGGUCUUGGCCCGCAUGUUGACAUGUAUUGUUAGGUGGUUUGCUCGUGGUUUAACAGGAGGCUGUCAAAUAGCUUAGAUCCACCCCGCUCACUGGGUUUAUUAGGAUGCGCUGUGGUUGCCCUUAGAAGCACUUUGUGUCUGCCUGGAGGGGACAAGGCAAGCCUCCCCUCUUCCCUCCGUCCGCUUUGGGACACAGAGGAGGCUCCAUGUCCUUUAAGCCUCUUGGAAAGUGCUGUCCCCUCCUGCCUGCUCGCUGGCGGUUGGAGGCCAGCCUGUCCCGAGGAGCUGGCACCAGCCCGAGCUGUGCCGGGGGAGCAGGGCAGAGCGCUGGCACUGGGAAAGGAGGAGGGAGGAGGUGGUGAUGGAGGAAUGCCCAGAGCUCGGCAUGCUGGGUACGGCUGCCAAGUCAGAGCUGGCAGCGAUGGGCCAGAGGUGUCACCGGGUGCGGGGGAUGCUGCCAGCCUCACUAUUGCAUCCAUGAACAGGUUUAACCAUGUGCAGCCGUGUGACCGGUUUUGAAGGGCAGCAAUGCUCUCGCUGUGCCCAGGUCCUGCUGUGCUCGCCCCUUGCAUCCUGUACAGCUCCGAUCACAGCCCGUCCAUCCCACGUCCCCCUCCUCAUCCCCUCCCCACACCAGGCUGGGAGCGAAGGCGCUGCCCGCCCUGUACCCAGCUGUGGGGCUGCUGUUGGGCACCAGCACAGCACAGCCCAGCCCUGCCAGCGCCGGGUCUCGGGCAGCAACUGGGAUUUCUGGCUGGUGUCUCCCGGAGGGUGGGUUGCUUUUUUUGUUUGUUUGUUUGAAAUCUGUGUUGAUUCUUGUCUGUCCUUAACGAGUUCCUGUGUCACUGGGGCAGUCCCUUUCGGCCAGCUGCUCCGCCAUCAAUGCAGAGCUAUUUGCACUAUAGUAAUACACACAAUUGCACAGAACGGAAUGAAUUAAUAUUUAUGGCGAGGGGUGCUGAUUCCCUCUUGGUGAUUGCAUUGUCAGGGGUUGGGUUGGAUUUUUGGGUUGGGUUUUUUCUUUCAUUCCUGUGACUCAUUCUUUCCUGUUCCAUUUUUUUCCCCUUUUGCCUAAUGUUGUUGUUCAAAACGAUGGUGCAUCAUGUUACUAAGAAUUUCCCUGGAUCUUAACGCUGUGUGUUUUUUCUUAGCAGCCAGCAGGUGAACGGCAUCCCCAGAAACCUCGGAGCCCCUGCAAGCUGUAGCCUCCCUGGGGCAGUGCCUGGGCAAGGAGAGGCAGGGGUGCUUUAUGAUGGGAGGGUGCCUGGAGCCACCUGGAAUCAAGGAAUGGUUUGUGUUGGAAGGGACCUUAAAGCCCAUCCAGUUCCAACCUCCUGCCAUGGGCAGGGACAGCUCCCACUGGAUCAGGGUGAGGAAGUGCUGGGACUCCCAAUAACUGGGUUGGUUUUGAAGGGGAGAUAGAGCAAGAUGUAGCAGAGCCUCCGGGGCUUUGCCUGGGAUGGGAAGCAGUGGGAAAGUGGAGGCUGCAGGAGGGCAAGAUGCCAGAUUACCACAGGCUGACGGUGCCCCGAGCACAGCAGAUAAGGCAGGGCAGCCAAGGCCCCGGCUCAUAUCCUGUUGGGCAUGGGUGACCCUCCUGACAUUGGGUUGCACCAAAACCCCUGCUGCGUCCAUGGACACCAUGGUAGAGGAGCCGAUGGCAAGGAUGGCAUCCCCUGGCCUGAACAAAGAAAGUUGCAACAAAGCAGCAUUUCUCUGGCAUGGUAAUGCAACAACUCUGCCCUCUUGCUGCAGCAGGAGCUGCCAGCUGUGCAUGGUGCUUCUCACUCAGUUUGGGUUACUGCGACAGCACUGCGUGGCACCAGCCCAGCAGCAGGACCAGGACUGCUCACUGGGCCGGCUACGCUGCCCAGGGGCAUCCGUGCUGGCGAGCUCGCGGCUGCCGUGGGCAAUGCUCUGAGCCCAGGCUGUGGUGGCCAUGUGCAGUGGGACAACCCUCCCUGGGUCUUGGGUGGCUGCUGCUCCCCUCUGGCUGUGCU